AUGGCAAUACAUCGUCAAAAAAAGAAAUUUGUACUACCAACAAAAGAAGAAAGAGCUCAAGCGCUUGGUGAAAUAGAUAAUUCAGAUAAAGACAUUCGACGUGCUCUGACAAUCGCCAUUGAUGAAUGUUUUCCAUCAAUUCCAAUACUAAACGAAGACGAGUGUUUAAGUGAACAUUAUGACGCCGGACAAACACGUAUUAAUCAAUAUACAAAACAAUCACAAUAUUUCGUAUCGAAUAUAAUGAAUCAAUUGAAAAAAAUGCAACGAAAACGACAUAAACGUGAGGAAUUAUUUUCUACCGGUGUAACUGUGGUUGAUAUUUAUCCAAAUCCACAAUGGAAUUUUGUUUAUGGUAAAGCAUCAAUCAAUGAAGGAAUUGCAAUUUAUUCAAUUGCACGAUUCGAUCCAUUAUUUCCUCAUACAUCAAUAGAAUCAUAUUCAAAUGAAGAACAAGUACUGAUUCUUAGACGAGCUGUUAGUACUUAUGUCCAUGAAGUAAUGCAUCUAUUAUUUAUGUUUAAUGAAUGGAACUAA